AUGCGUGCCUCUCUCUUUGCCUCCCUCGCCGGCCAGGUGGCCAUCAGCGCUGCUCUUCCAGAGCCUGCUGCCCACAGCCCCCGUGCGGCUGGUGCUACCGCCUAUGCCUCCAACUCGGGCGGUAACUACAAGCUCAGCUCGAUUGCUGCUCCCGUCCAAGGCGCUGGAUCUCCCGGCUCAGAGUCUACUUGGAACUUGAGCAUUGACGACACGAGCUCCGGUUACAAGCAGAAGAUUACCGGUUUCGGUGCUGCUGUUACCGAUGCCACCGUCGCUUCCUUCAACGAGCUGUCUGCCAGCACUCUCAGCCAGCUGCUCAACGAGCUCAUGACCGGCGCUGGUGCCAACUUCGCCCUCAUGCGACACACCAUUGGUGCCUCCGACUUGUCUGCCGACCCUGUCUAUACCUACGACGACAAUGGCGGCAACGCUGAUACCGGCAUGACUGGCUUCAACCUCGGUGACCGUGGUACCGCCAUGGCCCAGAUGCUGGCUCAGAUGAAGGGCCUCAACUCCAACUUGAAGAUCUUUGGAUCUCCCUGGAGCCCUCCUGCUUGGAUGAAGCUCAACAACGCCAUUGACGGCAACACCAACAACAACAACCUCAACGAUGGCUACUUGACCGGCAACGGUGCUCAGUACUCCAGCUCCUUUGCCCAGUACUUUGUCAAGUACAUCCAGGCUUACGAGUCCCACGGCGCCACCAUCGAUGCCAUUACCAUUCAGAACGAGCCCCUGAACAGCCAGUCCGGCUACCCUACCAUGUACAUGUUCUCGUACGAGCAGGGAGACCUCAUCCAGAACUACGUCGGCCCUGCGCUGAAGGCCGCUGGUCUCAACACCCAGAUUUGGGCUUACGACCACAACACCGACGUGCCCGAUUUCCCUGAACAGGUCCUGGGCAUUGCCUCCGAGUACGUCCCUGCCGUUGCAUGGCACUGCUACGCCAGCAGCCUGGACUGGACCGUCUUGACCAACUUCAAGAACCAGUUCCCCAACGUGGAGCAGUACAUGACCGAGUGCUGGACUCCCUCCACCGGCUCCUGGAACCAGGCCUCCAGCUUCACCAUCGGCCCUCUCCAGAACUGGGCUUCCGGCGUUGCUGCCUGGACCCUCGGCACCACCGCCCAGGACGGCCCUCACCUGUCCGAGGGUGGAUGCGCCACCUGCACUGGUCUCGUCACCAUCAACAACGGCCAGUACACCUUCCAGACCGCCUACUACAUGAUGGCCCAGUACAGCAAGUUUAUGCCCGUCGGCGCCACCGUCCUCAGCGGCACUGGCAGCUACACCUACUCCGGCAGCGGUGGCAUCCAGUCCGUUGCCUCUCUCAACCCUGACGGUACCCGCACGGUCGUCAUUGAGAACACCUUUGGCAACGACGUCUACAUUCACUUGACUACCCAGAGCGGCCAGGAGUGGAGCGGCAAUGUUCCCACUGAGUCUGUUACCACUUGGGUCCUCCCUGCUGUUUAA